GUGAAACGGAGAGGUUAAGAUUACUGGGUAUUUAUUUUGUGUAUUUUGAACAAUUUAUACUGGAUCAAAUAAAAGAUUAAAAUGAACAAACAUCUCCUAAAGGUUUGUAGCCCGUUGGCUACAUUCUCAAGAGCAAGAGGUUUCGCUCCUCCACCGGGCGGAAUCAAAUACCCAGGAGGGAUCACAUAUUACCCAAGGCAUCCAGAUCACAAAGAUCCAGAGUACACCCCUUCAAAGUUGUUUAGAGUGGAACGUAUAAAAAGCCUGAAACACCAGCCUUGGUACCUGAAACUGAUCAUGAAAGAGCUGAAAAUUGACGAAGAGACCAGAGUCACCAUUGUGAAGAAUAUACCUGAAAACAAUUCCAGGCUUUGGAAAGUGAAACAUCUAAUAAAAGUCACCCCAAUCACUUUCCCCUAUGGAGAACCUGCCCCUGAAGACAUCAAACAUACAAUCCUGAAAGAAAAUGGACAGUGCAUAGUUACAAAAACACUUGCUCCACAACCAGAACAGAUUGAGGCUUUAGAAAACUUUGAUAACAACAAAAAGAAAAUGGAUUCCACCACAAUAAAGAGAGAUUCUAGGCAUAAGUGGAAUCAGGCUUUUGGUGGUGGAUUUUAGAUAUUUAAACUUGAAUAUUUAUAGUAGCAAUAAAACAAUAGUGUAUUAAAU